AUGGAGGACUGUAUCAAAUGCCCAGAAGAUCAAUAUCCAAGUAAGGACCAAGAUCAAUGUAUUCUCAAGAAAAUCAGCUUUCUGUCUUAUGAAGAACCUUUAGGGAUCAGUUUAGUUUCAGCUGCUAUCUGUUUUACUCUAAUUACUGUGUUCAUGCUGGGAAUUUUUAUUAUGCACAGGGAUACCCCCAUUGUCAAAGCCAACAACCAGGAUAUCACCUAUGCUCUCAGUGUGUCUCUUCUGCUCUGCUUCUGUUCUUCUUUGCUCUUCCUGGGACAACCUGGGAAGGUGACCUGCUUCAUUCAACAAUCUGCUUUUGGCAUUAUCUUCUCAGUGGCUCUUUCUUGUGUGCUGGCCAAAACUAUCACUGUGGUUGCUGCUUUCAUGGCCACAAAGCCAGGGUCCAGCAUUAGAAAAUGGAUGGGAAAAAAACUGACCAACUCCAUUAUUCUACUUUGCUCUCUUCUUCAAGGAGGCAUAUGUAUGUUGUGGCUGGGAACCUCUCCUCCAUUCCCAGAUUUUGACAUGCAGUCUCUGAAUGAAGAAAUUGUUGCAGAAUGCAACGAAGGGUCUACCAUCAUGUUCUAUGUUGUCCUGGGUUACUUGGGAUUUCUCUCUCUCAUCAGCUUGAUUGUGGCUUUCUUCGCCAGGAAGCUGCCAGACAGUUUCAACGAAGCCAAGUUCAUCACCUUCAGCAUGUUGAUCUUUUGCAGUGUUUGGCUGUGUUUUGUUCCAACCUACCUGAGCACCAAAGGGAAAUACAUGGUAGCUGUGGAGAUCUUCUCUAUGUUGGCCUCCAGUGCUGGUUUAUUGGUUUGUAUCUUUUCCCCAAAAUGCUACAUUAUUCUUUUGAGGCCUGAGUUGAACAACAGAGAACAGUUAAUACGUAGAAUAAAUUAA